UUCUUUGGUAAUUGAUAGUGAAUGGGCGGCUUUUGUAAAUCCGUGGACUAAACAUAUUGAAAUGGUUGUUGGAAGACAUACAUUUAAUAUUCAAUCACAAAUUGAAGAUAAUUCAAAAGAAUUAAUUUAUUCUUCUUCUAAUAAUAAUUGUGAUAAACAAACUAAAAUAUUACAAACUAUUUUAUCUGAGCCAGUAAAUAAUACUAAAGAACAAUCAGAAUUAAUUACUCCUCCAACACUUUCAUCUUUAAUUAUUCAACAAGAUAAUCAACAAAUUACUACUAAUUUAUCUUAUAAUCAGAUAAAUUGUCUCGAAAAUGUCCAUCGUUUAUUAAAAAGUCAAAAAAGCAAUUCUCGUGUUGAAACAGAAGAAGAUGUUUCAACAUCAAGUAAUCAAAAAACAACAGAUUAUUCUUCUUCAAAUAUUUUAACAAAAGAAUUACUUCAAAAACACAAUCAACGUUGGGAAGAAGAAUGUAGAGAUAAUUGGAAUAAAAAACUUUCUUCAACAAUUUAUUUAAAAAGAAAAUUAAUUAAAGAAGAAGUUGAAGACAUUUUACCUUUAAAACAAUUAAAAUACGAAGAAAAUAUUAUUAAAGAAGGAAAUUGUGAAAGAAAUUUUGAAAAUUCUUCAAAUUCUCCAGUACCAUUAAAAAGAAAAUAUUCAAAUAAUUCACAAAAAUAUUUUGGACAAGAAAUUGGAGAAUUAUUUAAUAGUCUUCAACAAAAAAAUAAAAAGGAAGAAAUAAAUACAAUAAAAAUACUUCCUUCUCCUCAACAACCUAAACAAUUAAAUAAUAAUUUAAAACAAAAUUCAGAAUUAAUUGAACAACUUUUACAAGCCGCGAAUUUUGCUAGAAAUACUUUAGCUAUUAAAUUAUUACAAAAAAAUAAUUUUUCUUCUUCACAACAAAUAAAUAAUUUAAAUUAUUUAAAAGAAUUUCAAUUUAUUUAAAGGUUCGGCUUUUUUGUAAGGAGGGGGAGGGAAAGGAUUCCAAGAAUUUAUUAUAAAGUUUUGGGGAUUUCUCCGUACUCUAACCUAAAUCCCUCUUUUACUUUUUUAGUUAAGUCCUCCCUGCCAAUUAAAAGCCGAACUUAAAUACAGUGGAAUCUCUAUAUACGUAACGUCACCACUCAGGCCAACAGGGAAGUGACGUUGGGAGGGGACGACGUUAUGUAGAGCUUC